GGUAAGUGAGAGAAAAACGAGGAAUGUAGCGACUCGAACGAUAGAGAAACCGGACCGAAUCUGAGACUUUGUGUCACGCCGUACGUUACACAACAGCGUCGACGGUUUCGCCGGCCGGUUACCGCCGGCUGAAAGCGGGGCUACGGAGGCAUUUUUUAACUGGGGAGAAGAAAUGGAGAACCUCUCCGGCGUAUCGCCUCCCUCCGCGUUCUUAGCGUUAAAGAGCCAUUCCCUCCGCCUUCAUAGUAAAACCCGUAGAAAACAAUAGGGAGCGGGGUCUAACACGGUGGUGCUGAACUAUUCCAGGUGCUGCCCCGGCGAAGAAGUGAAAUCGAGUGGGGAAAAAGUUGGGGGCAGAGAGAUGUCACGGCUUGGCGGCGAACUCCGACCGUCUCUUUCGGAAAUAUUGAGAACUACUUAUUUCCUUCUUGUUGCCGCUCGCAGUGAGCCGGGGAGAGGAAGAGACGUUCAGCACCAAGUCACAGGAAAGCGCCCCUGGUCAGACAGACGGCGCCCGAUGGGUUGGGAGAGGCACGCCGCAUGAAUAUUUAGCUUUUCACGGGACUUUUACAACUUCUUCACGCAGGAAACGUGUCUUUGAGAAGUAGCAUGUCAUCUAAUUCACAGAGUGGGGGCAGUCAUCGUGAACUGUGGUGGGCUCGUGUCGGCUGCAUCCUCUUUUCAUCCUGUCUUGUAACGUUCCUAAGUUUCUUUUUCUUUUUACUUAACUCUUAGCUGGCAUGUCUUUGUCAAAGACACAUGACGUCCCAAGUUGAUUCAUUAUUUUGGCCCAAAACCUACAUGGGAAAACUCGUUGACACAAAAUGUGCUGUCACACCAUAUAAAAAACUAUAAUCGGAUGUGUUUUGAUUUUAAGCAGUAGCCUAUAUUACAUUAUAUCACAUUAAACCAAUCCUAGAGUUGUCUGAUUAUUCUGUUGGAGAUUUAGAAAGAUUUAAUUUACAAUUGAGUGCCGCACUUUGAUUGCAAGGUAUGCAUCUUUAAGUGACACUUGUAUCCCUACUGCAGGUCUCAUGGGUUAAAAAAAGGGGGGUUUAAAAGUUAGGAGUCAGCUGAUCUGUAAGGGUACAACGAGCCAGGACCAGCCACUCUUUGAUCCUCAUGUUGUUCGCGUGUGCUGGCAUGCUACACUGCAUUCCCCGUGCUGUUGUACAUGCAUGUCUGUAUAAGAUGGCUCUGUGUUUGUGUGUGUCUGCAGGUGGGUGAAGAGCUCCUGAAGAGAAGUGCGGCGGUUGUGGCCUAGUGGAGAGUGGAUGAGGCACAGUGAUGAAGGCCCUCAGCGGGAGAAGCAGAAGUCUUCACAGGCCUUAGACGAGUUGGAGGAGAACUUUCGCCCCAUGAAGAUGGCAGCGCAGUCCCACACUGCUGGUGAGCUUCCUUUGGAGGAGCUGCUGGCUCUGUACGGCUACACGGUGCCCGACCCAGAGAAGGAGACCUGUCACAAGGCUGCCAGCCUGCCAGACAUGACACUGGACAAGGAUCAGAUAACUGAGGACAUCUUUCCCGGGGAGGAGGAAGACGAAUCAUUAGCUGAUGAUCUCACCCCCUCAGUCACCUCAAACACCUCAGACCUGCUCCGCCGCCUCCAAGGUGGAGACAAAGACACAUUAGUCAGCUCAUCAGAUGAGGACUCUGAUGAUGCAUCUAUUCCCUCCAAUGAAGAGCACAAGGAGAUCAUGGUUGGCUCUAUGCAUCAGGCAAAAAUCCCUCCACUCAGUUCAUAUACCCACCAGGAGAAAGCCUGCAGCAGUGAGGACCAGUGUCUGUGGAGGCCAGGAGUUCUGUCGAUGCAGGAAGUGGAAGAGUUCUUGCAGAACGCACAGAGACCACAUGGCCAGGAGAGGGCAGCAAGCACGCAAACGCAAGGAGACACUGUCCGAGACAACCAACAGGCACUGUAUGAACUAGUGAAAUGCAACUUCAAUGCAGAAGAGGCACUAAGACGGUUAUGCUUCAAUGUGAAAGUGUACAGUGAAGAGCUCUGUGCCUGGAGUGAGGAGGAGUGUAGGAACUUUGAGCACGGCUAUCGGGUUUACGGGAAAAACUUCCACCUCAUUCAGGCAAAUAAGGUACGAACGCGCUCCGUUGGGGAGUGCGUGGAGUAUUACUACAUGUGGAAGAAGUCUGAGCGUCACGAGUACUUUACCCAGCAGGCCACCAGGCUCAGCCGCAAGAAGUUCAGCCUACAAUCAGGGAACAUGGAGGAUGGUGACCAGGACGGGGAGGUUGGGGAGCUGGAAGGAAGCAACAACUUGUCAGGCUUGUUGUCUCACAGCUCCAUGGACACUGGACAGCUACAGUCCCCAUUACCUCCCCAGUCCAGCCUGGAUCCACACAAACAAGGAAGAAAGCCGUCCCCGCCGCAGACGAACGCCCCGCUUUCUCUUAAAGCCAUGAACUCGGUCCAGACAGGCCACAGAAAGCAGGCUGGGCCUGCAGGUAAAGAAGAUGGUGAGCCGGUGAUGGGGUCGUCAGGAUUGUGUGGUGACGGAUGUCCUCAGCAGCUGUUUGGCUGUCCCUUCUCCCUCCCGCCCAUGGACGACCUGCGGGAUCCUGGCUCAGACGGCUGUUGUCCCUCAGCUCUAGUUCAGCUCCAGUCCCAGCCCUUUCCCCAGAGCUCCCAGUGGGCCGGCGGGAGCCCUCUGUCCUGCCAUGACGACCAUUGCCUGCCGGGCUCCUGUUUUUACCAGCUACACAUGUGCAGUGGACCUUUUGUGUCAGAGGGCCCUGACUGUGAUACGGCAGGCAGGGGUGCCGGCCCCCACCACGGGCUGCAAGUUGAAAUUAGCCUGCCGUCUGCCUCGCCUCCCUCGUCGUCUGCCCUCCCGUCACACUUCCAGGCACUUGGUAGCCUGCUGCACCCAUCUCCCGUCCAGCAUACCCGCUCGCUCACACAGUGAGGGGACGUGGGAGAGUCUAAACUGAGUGGAACUCUGAAUAGUUUGCCCUGUGUUGAGAUCUUUGAUCGGUGUUGGCAUUUACACCGGGGCUCGAAGAAUCCAGGACAAAAAGUGCUUUUACCUAACUUUGUGAAAAAGGAUGGACCUUUUGACGAGUGUUAAUCACUACUUUCAGGUGUUGAUUAUGUGUUUAUUAACAGUUUAUUACCACAACCUGCACCAGGGAUGAACUUUUGAUUGGCUACUUUAAGUGGCUCCAUAAACAGAUCAAUGACUGACAAUGUUUACCACUGUUUCUUUGUUUUCUUAUUUAUCAGGAUGGCAAUGCUUAAUUGCAACUCAGAUUUAAUCAAAACUUCUUCCACGGAGAACUUUCUUGAGGUAUGUUCUGCAUAUCGCUCGGCACUUUGGCAGCUGCAGCCAUUUGAGAUCUGCCUCUGGAGAUUUCCACGGUGACAUGGUUGCUGGAGGUCUGAUCCCGGAGUCAAAUCUGUCCAUUCAAACUAUAUGAAUUAAUCCUCAGUUAAGUGUGUAAUUGGCUCUCCCUUUUCGCUUCCUCCUGUCUGUUUUGUUUGCACUCCUCCGCUCCUGUCUGAAAACAUUUGGCUGGAAGAGUCAAACUGUCUCAAGAAUUUAGUUUAAAUACAAAGAGCUGAAACUAAAUGCCAUUUUCUGAGGCUGAUAUUUGAACAUGGUUGGAGAAAAAAGGAGCUCCAUAUUUUUGCAGGUUUUAUUUUUGCUUUUGUGAAAGUUUUCCUUCUUGCUCUUCAUUUGACGAUUCACAUUAAGCUUUAUAAAGGUGCAGUGCUUUGUCAUCCUUUCUGAUCACUGUUUCUAUCAUGUUCAAUAUGAAGUAUCAUUAAGAGCCUGUUUAACCUGCAGAACAGGCAUCAAAUAAAACGUGCAAAUGUAAAAUGUACAUACGAACAUAGUUAAGUCACUGAAUGCAAUCACUCUUUCUCAGGUACUGCAACUUUAACGAUCCCCAACACCGUUAAUCAGUGAGAGUCCGUGGCUGUCACUCUGAACAGGUGCAUAGAAACAGAUCGGGUAGAACAGCGAUUACACUAUUAGAAGUUUAAUGGAUUAAGAUGCGCCUUGUCGGUGUAAGAGUAAAACAUAGUAACUAUAGGCGAGUGCAGACUACAAUCAAAGCUGUUUCCGGAAAUGAAAAAUAAUGUGUGUACCCCCGUGAUUUGGAUCUGCUUUAAACUUUAAUGGUUUCUUCUUUGGCUCGUGCUUCAUCCUGCCACCAAGUUUCAUGAAACACGAGCAAGUAACUUUGCAUAAUCAUGCUUACAAACAAAACCAACACACCCAACUGAAAAUAUGAACUCCUUGGUGGCGGUAGUGACAGAUGUUUGGGUCUAAAGAUCAUUCUAAUAUGGAAUUUACCGGUUCUGAUGUCAUCUGUAGCCUCUUACAUUCAAGUAACAUCCAAUUAGUGAACAAAGGUACAUUAGAGAUAUUUUUAUUGCCAGAGUGGGACAGUUUAACAAACACAGGAAAUCUCUUAUUUUCUUUUGAAAUGUUUUGUUCACUGACCUCUGCCAGACAUAAUGAAGUAUACUGAACAAUGUCACGUAUGUAGAAGCCUUAGUAUUUAAAUAAUAUUUUUUAUUAUGCAAAUUUCCUAAAAAGUGCAUCACAGAUUCUCAACUUUUUCUUAACCGUUUCCCAAACUUCUCACAGCGCCGUCAAUUGGAUUUGUUAAAUGAUGACAAACUUUUAUAUUCUCAGUGCACAUUUAUCAUCUCACAUAUCGUGUAUUUCAUAAAGCACAGAUGGAGCUUCAAGUGGAUGGAACUUACAGUUUCAUUUCAUACAGAGGAAUGGGCCACUUCCAGGUUGAGCAUCGUAUAUAAACUUACCAUCUAAAUGUGAUGGUAUAGCUAUAUAAAUAUAGAUGGACAAAGCUUAUAGUAAAGAUUAUUACAGUGAAUAUUAUUAGAUUUUUUGAACUUAGGUAACCAUACAUUGAUGAACUUUAAUAUGCCUCUCAAGAGAAAUAAUUUCAAGAAUUUGUAGUCAUUACACAAAAUAAUGUAUUGAUUUGUGUAUCCAUUCAUAUAGUACAUAUGUGGUAUUUUCUUCUGUCAGUAUAUUUUAGUUUCACUGUCUGGAGAGUUACAGGCAACAAAAGGGCUCAGCCUCAUGUUCAUCCUCCCAUCGGUCCUAUUUAUUUCAUUUAAAUGUUGAAGUUCUGCCUUUUAUUAAUU